AUGUCUGCAACUAAUUGCUCAUUCAUCAACUGUGCAUCGUUUCUGGGUGUUCAAGCUGCACACGACAUUGAUCAGUUUCAUGGUUCUUGUGUGAGUGAUGUGGUUACCAAUAUCAAUACUUAUCAGAUGGAGUAUGAUCCUUAUAGUGUAUCAGGUAGACUGCCUCAGUGUUUUGUUCGGGAGUUCGGUGACUUGAUCGAUGGACAUGUUUUUCUGCAAGACCCAUGUCAUAAUGAGAUUGAGAUCCGGGUUUUGAAAAAAUGUAGUGAAAUGUAUUUUGAACAAGGAUGGAGUUUCAUUAAGGAUUUUUAUAGUUUUUGGUUUGGGGGUUGGAUUAGCUUUAGAUAUGUUAGUCCCACACUUCUCGCCAUAAACCUCGUAACAAGAUGGGGUAAGGAUGUUAUGUAUCCUGUCCAUGUUCCUCCUUGCAAGCAUUUGUUGACUAAUAUAGGUGUUGAUCCUAAGAUUGGGUCAUCAGCUACCCCACGAAUUUCAUCUAAUCCUUUUGUGCUGCCCAUGUCUUUUCGCCGUUCUUAUUUUAAAAGAUUAACAUCAUAUGAUGUUGAGUCUGGUAUUCUGGUUUUGCCAUGGUAUGGUUUUGGUGAAUUCGCAUUUGCCUUUACUUUCAGCAAAGUGGUGUUGGUUGAUCAUACCGGCUGUCGAUAUCCAUGUAGCAUACAAUUCAGCGUUGAUGCCAAUGGUGAACUGGCCUGCAAGAUAUUUGGUUAUUGGAUGAAAUUCUGUAAAAAACAUCAACUGUCUCAGGGUGACAGGAUUCGUUUUGCCGUUAAUGAGCCUACACGGGAUCAUGUUCUAUAUGUCUGUGUUUAUCCUCAGAUGGGAGUAGAAACAACCCUCAGCUAUCCUUUGAAUGAUGGUUCUUAUUUACCUCUUUAUGUAUCCCAGCAAUAUUUUGUAGUACAUUGCUGA